CCAACGAGGGCCGCAUUACCCCACGAUUCGGCAAAAUCCGGCAGCUUAUAGACAACCUUCUCAAUAACCGCAAUUCCCAUUUUCAUUCCCAGAAUUCCCCAUACCCAUUCGGCAAACGCAUCCAGCAGUAGCCAUGGUCGCCCUCCUUCGUUCCAGCACCGCUCGUCUCGCUGUGCGCUCCAUCGGCCGCUCAAGACCUCUUGCACAACACAGGUUUUUUUCGCAGUCUGCGGUUGCCCGACAGCACAAUGGAAGUCUUGGCUCCUUGUACAACUUCACAGAUGAGGAGGAGAUGCUGAGGGAGACUGUGCGGAAGUUCGCCCAUGACACAGUCAAACCUUUAGCCUACGAGAUGGACGAGGCGGAGCAAAUACAAAGGUCCGUUUUCGAUGGCAUGUUUGCCAACGGGUUCAUGGGAAUUGAGACCCCGGAAGCGCUUGGAGGAGCAGAAAUGUCUUUUACCGCAGCUAUCAUCGCCGUCGAGGAACUUGCUCGAAUUGACGCGUCUGUCUCCGUCGCCUGCGACGUCCACAACACCCUUGUAAACACCCUCGUCCGUCAACACGGCACCAAGGAGUUGAAGGAAAAGUACCUGCCCCGUCUUGCUGAGGACACCAUUGGUUGCUUCGCAUUGUCUGAGGCCGGAGCAGGGUCUGAUGCAUUCGCUCUUGGCACCACUGCUACCAAGAAGGGGGACAAAUACGUUAUCAACGGAGGAAAGAUGUGGAUCACCAACUCAUGGGAGGCUGGGAUUUUCCUUGUGUUCGCAAAUGUCGACCCAAGCAAAGGCUACAAGGGAAUCACCUGCUUCUUGGUCGAGAAGGAGAUGGGCGUAAAGAUUGCUAAGAAAGAAAAGAAGCUCGGAAUCAAGAGCUCUUCCACAUGUGAACUGUCAUUCGAGGAUGUCGAGGUUCCCGCCGCGAACGUUGUCGGUGAGGUUGGAAAGGGAUACAAGUACGCUAUUGAGAUCUUGAACGAAGGACGUAUCGGAAUCGCCGCCCAGAUGAUUGGUAUCGCACAAGGUGCCCUUGACAUUGCUGUGCCAUACAUGCAACAAAGGAAGCAGUUCGGCACUGCUGUUAUCGACUUCCAGGGCGUCGAGCACCAACUUGCCCAAGUCGCAACUGAACUGGAGGCUGCCCGUCUCCUCACAUACAACGCUGCCCGCAUGAAGGAAGAGGGCCGCAACUUCGUCAAGCAAGCCGCUAUGGCUAAGCUGUAUGCAUCGCAAAUCGCUGAGAAGGCGUCCAGCAGGGCCAUUGAGUGGGUCGGUGGAGUUGGGUUCACGCGGGACUUCGGAGUCGAGAAGUUCUACAGGGACGCCAAGAUUGGUGCUAUUUACGAGGGAACAUCCAACAUCCAAUUGCAAACCAUUGCGAAACUCAUCAAGAAGGAGUUUUAGAAACCAUCCCGUACCCGUAGGAAUACUACUCGAACCGUGGGGUGUUCUUCAUCCCUGCGAACUUGUAGGGUAGCAAUUUGGACCCCGUAAAGAAUAGAUUAGCGCCGCGCUGUCAUCUGGCAGCUUAAGUGAAUCCGCGUUAUCUAUGAUUCGCUGUCGGGUGGCGCCGCUGCAUGUUCCCGCCGAGUCUACCGUUGCGCACCUAAUCCUCUUAUGAGAACAGACUUGAGCCACUUGGCAAACUAUGUAGCCCAGUUCAGAAUUCUGAGCUCACCACCCUAUUCCCACGAACUUUCAUUUUUGACCAAAACCAUUUGUCGGGCCGUACAACAUUUACAACCAUG